GUUUAUAAAGGGUAACUUUAUGAGUCAUUGGAAAUUCUCCUUACAAUCACACACACUUUAGGAGGGCGAAGAAUUCAAGAAGAAUGCCACUCAGUGAGUCUGAGCUCAACGACUUCACACUUCAGUUCCUCCUUUUAGACACUAAUUCUGAUGGCUUCGUGGCCACUGACCAAGUAAAGUCCCUCCUACGCUCCCUGGGUUUCUACCCGAGUGAAGUUGACAUCGAGCGUGUGAUAUCAUUAGUUGAUAGUAAAAAAGAUGGUCUCAUUAGUAAGGAAAACCUUCUCCCUGUUGUUGAAAAACUUUAUGCGCAGAAAAGUCAACACAACAUAGAAGCGGAGCUACGUGUGGCUCUCAGAGUACUAGACGAGGAUAUGGAUGGAUACAUUACAAGUGGGCAGUUGCGUCAUAUUCUGCUAAACAUGGGUACACCGCUACAACGCGAACUAGCAGAUAUUAUUCUUGACGAUGUUGAAAAGGAUAGCUACAAUAAAAUAAGCGUCGAAGAGCUUAUCACCAUGCUUCUAAAUUCUUAUAUAUGAAGAAUUCAAGGGGAUACGUUCAACCUGACGCGGCACAGAGAUCUGUACUGUGUGAAUUUGUUUAUCCAAGAUCUCGUGAAGAAAGUCAGAGAAAUGGGAAGAAAUGUAAUCAUGGUAUAGACCCGUGUUCAAAAAAAAAAACUGAUGUAUAGAAAUACAUGAAAUAGCAUGAUUGCUUGAAUAAACUGUU